AUGGCAAAGCGACAGGAAUUAGUAGUUGCAUUAAUUUCAAGUGGAGAACUUGAUUCUGAAUUACAUUAUGGUUCAUUUUCACGAAAUUGGUGGUUUACUUCAUCAAUAAAAAAAGAUAAUAAUUUAGAAAUGAUGUAUCCAAUUCGAAUUGGUAUGAAAACACAAGUAGAAUUAAAUGGAAAAAAUUUUAUCAUGCAAAUUUUAAAAGGAAAUAAUAUUUCUAAAAAUCAGCCAGGUUAUACUAGUCAAUGUGAUUCAGAUUCAAGUGAAAUUGAAGAUAAUCCAACCAAUGCAAUUACAUCUAUAUAUAGACAAGUUUUCGAAACUAAAACAAAAAUUUCCAGUUCAAUGGUUAUGGGUUUUGAUAAAGAAUCAAUAAUUGCAGAAUUAUUAUAUGAUAUAGAAUUUCAUCCAUAUAUAAUUAGUAUAGAAAAUAAGUUGUCAGUUAUGGUUUUUGGUUCAGGUAUUUCAAAAAACGAAGGUUGGAUGAAUUUCAAAAGUGAUUCACCAGAAAAUGUUUGGCGCAAAGUUGGAAUUCUAGAAAAGUUCAGAGGUACACAACUAUUUGGACUUGAGCAUGCAUAUACACAAUCUAUUUUACAAAGAUUAUUUAUUUCAGAAUGUCAACUAUCUCAAUGGGUUGAUGAAGUUAUAAUAAAUAAAUGGGAAUCGUGUGGAAAUAUUAUUGAAAUUAAUAUUACAUUAACUCAUUUAUAUCCAAAAAUAUACAAAUUUACUGAUCGUGAAAUACAAGCUUGGAGUUUAAUGCUUAAAGCAGCUGGAUGUACAAAUAUAACUCCUUUUAACAAUAGUAUAUCAAUGAAACUUUUUAAAGAAUGUUUAGCUAUAAAUAAAAAAGGUCCAAAUGGUAUUUGA